ACAUGGCGUCUCUCGUAGAAGCAGUUGCUGUUUCGGACAGCGGAGAGUAUUGGCGCAUUCCAGCUCCGAUGGCCGGUUAAGUUAUGGGACACGUCAACGGGCAGACUGAAGCAAGAGUACACGCCGAGCGCGCACCUCUCCGCAAAGUGCACUUGCCUGUCCUGGGGACCUACGCGGCAGGGCUUCGCGACGCACAAGAAGAGAAAGCGGCAAAAAACGAGCGACGAUGCAGCCGACGCCUUGUCUGAAGCCAGCCUCUUGGCGAUGGGGACAGCCGAAGGAACCGUUCUACUGUACAGCCUCCACAGAGGGGAUCUACACAGCGAGCUCACAGGAGGCCACACAGCAGCUGUAAAUGGCGUCUCGUGGCACGCCAAAUCAGACUCGCUGUUCAGUGUUUCUGAUGACCAGCACAUUGUUCACUGGAGUGUCUCCUCAUGCAAGGUCAAAAGCAAAUGGAAAGCCGAUCGUCACAGGUCUAUGCCGUUGCUGGCCGUCGAUUCCAACACAGUACUCACAGCCAGCAGCAGUAUCAAGUGGUGGAAUGUAGACACAAAUCAAUCGUAAUGAAGUUCACAGGUCACGUGACCGAGGUGAGACAGAUUUUGCCCGUGUUUGUUCCCAGCAAGACCGGUGAAGGGAGAACCUACUUUCUGACUUGCGCGGCCAACGAUCGGCAAGUGAGUGCAUGGCACCUUGAGAAAGGGGCCGGUUCAAGCUCGUUGGCCAACUUUGUGCUCUCGGAGGAAGCAGUACACAUCAGCAUUUCAAAUACAUCAGAGAACAGCAAGACGGCACACCUCUCAGCAGUGACCAAGUCAGGUGCCCUGCAUAUAUUUGAACUGCAGCUGAACGGGCGCUGCAGGACGCCCGUGCAGCCCAAGUUUCACCGUGCAGGUGGCCACCGAGACCCAGAAUGGCCGGGCACCCAAGCCACAGCCAGUGGCCAUCCUGGCCGCUGCCUUCAGCCCCACCGGUGAUCGCCUUCUGCUUUGCUACAACAACUUCCUGUUGCCCAGCUUUGAGCAUCUGAACGUCGCAACAGAUUUGCGUGAACAAACAUGGCUGGUCCGGCAGGUGAAGCCCCCUGUUUCCUGCGCUGUGGAGGAUGGCGUUUUCC